AUGGUAGACCCAACAAAGAUUGAUGUUAUUCGUGAUUGGACUAGGCGUACAUCUCCAUCAGACAUUUGUAGCUUCAUUGGUUUGGCAAGUUACUACACGAGAUUUAUUAAGGCCGGAAGAAGAGACUUUGUUGUGCCAGUUGGUUUCAGUUCAGGGCAUCCUUCUCCAUUGGGUCUUUCCUUUCAGCCAGAUGGAUCCUUGAAUUUUGCUCUCUUCUCACACAGUGCAAAAAGUGUAGUUUUGUGCUUGUAUGAUGACACAUCUGCUGAAAAGCCUUCCUUAGAGAUUGAUCUAGAUCCUUAUGUUAAUCGAUCAGGUGAUAUUUGGCAUGCUGCUUUAGAUUGUUCUUUGUCAUUUAAGACUUAUGGUUAUAGAUGCAAGGCGGCUACUUCUGGGAAGAGAGGAGAGCUGGUUCUUUUGGACCCAUAUGCUAAGGUUAUAAGGAGUGUUAUUUCUCGUCAGGUUGGGUCUGAGAAAUGUCCAAAAUAUCUUGGAGAACUAUGUCAGGAACCUGGCUAUGAUUGGAGCAGUAAUGUCCGUCCUAGCUUACCUAUGGAGAAACUGAUAAUUUAUCGCUUAAAUGUGACUCAAUUUACAAAGGACAAGUCCAGUAAGCUACCCGAUGACCUUGCUGGAACGUUCUCUGGUAUUAGCAAAAAAUGGCACCAUUUCAAAGAUCUUGGUGUGAAUGCAAUGUUACUGGAGCCAAUUUUCCCUUUCGAGGAGCAGAAAGGACCCUAGUAUCCGUGUCAUUUCUUUUCACCUGGAAAUAUGUAUGGACGUUCUGGUGACGCUCUUUCUGUCAUUAAAUCUAUAAAAGAUAUGGUUAAGAAACUACAUGCUAAUGGGAUAGAGGUUUUUCUUGAAGUUGUUUUCACUCACACAGCAGAGGAUGCACCUUUGAUGCAUGUUGAUAACACUUCCUAUUGCAUAAAAGCUGGUGAUCUGAAUAUUCAAAAUGCAUUGAAUUGCAACUACCCCAUAGUCCAACAAAUGAUUUUGGACUGUCUCCGCCACUGGGUAAUUGAGUUUCGUAUUGAUGGUUUUGUUUUUAUAAAUGCUUCUUCCUUGUUGAGAGGGUUCCAUGGAGAGAUUCUAUCUCGUCCUCCAUUAGUCGAAGCUAUUGCCUUCGAUCCUAUACUUUCAAAUGUCAAGAUAAUUGCGGAUAAUUGGAAUCCAGUAGCUAAUGAUUCAAAGGAAAAUUUAUUCCCUCACUGGAGGAGAUGGGCAGAUAAAACUGGUUUUGGGACCCAAUUUAUUUCAUUCUUGAGUAAUUUAAGAAUGAGAAGAAGUAAUCUUCUUCAAAAGAAUACCUUCUUGAAGGAAGAAAACAUCCGGUGGCAUGGGAUUGACCAAUCUCCUCCAAAAUGGGAUGACCCUUCCAGCAAAUUCUUGGCUAUGACUCUGAAGGCCGAUGCUGAAGUCAGCCAGACACCAGUCUCUGAUAUUGGAGGUGACCUGUUUGUUGCCUUCAAUAGUGCAGGCGAUUCAGAGGUUAUCCUUCCACCACCUCCAACAGACAUGGUAUGGCAUCGUCUCGUUGACACAGCCCUCCCUUUCCCCGGGUUUUUUGAUGAGAAGGGGACCCCAGUUGAAGAUGAAUUAGUUGCAUAUGAGAUGAAGUCUCACAGCUGUUUACUGUUUGAAGCACAGCGACUAGCUGAAACUUAAUUUCCUUUACACUGGCCUGUUGCUUUUUCAACUUAAGUCGUGCAUCAUGAGGCCUCUUACUCCUUCUCAAUAGAUUUUAGUAAGGCAACAGAGCAUAGUAGACUUUCUUCUAAGAGAAUAGUUUGUAAGCCCAUUUAUAUAUUUAAGCAAUAUUUAAAU